AUGACUCAGUUGAAAACUGCUGUUUUUAUGGAGUAUUGCUUCUCCCUUUUGAUAGAAGGUACAUUUCAGCUUGUAAUUGGUCUGGGAACCCCAAUAAAGCUCAGCAAGACAAGAACUAUAACAGUUGGAUGGAAUUUUCAGUGGCAGUAUCCUCUUCCUGCUAAUACUACUGCCAUCCAAACCUAUCCCCCUAUACUGUCAAGAAAGACAAGGGAUGAUUUCGAUGUGAGAAGAAAAGAAAUAUUCGAGGCAGUUGAGAAUUUUUUAUCAGGGCAUAGCCUGAACUUGAAGGAUUGUCUAGUCAGAUACGUGUGCGAAGAAGCCUAUUCCAGUUUCAAACAUCCAUCAAAUGGACCUUAUGGGUAUUUACUUCAUAUAAUUCUAUCCCUUGGUGAUGGACAGGAUGGAGAGAUCCAUCCGAUGUAUAGAGACGCAAGUGAGGCUGGAAAAUUUGGAGCUGACUGCUUUGAAUUGUAUCCAAACUGCGAGGAGAAUCUAUUGAUGAACAGAUUAUUUUCUUUGGAUUUCACUUGA